AUGUCUCUAGAAGACAUUGUUCAAUCCCUUGCUAAUAGCACUCUUGCUUUUCAACAGGAAACAAAGUCAAGCAUUCAGAAUUUGGAGAAUCAAAUGAGCCAACUUGCUACAUCAGUAAGCAAGCUAGAAUCACAAGGGAAACUGCCCUCCCAAACUGUGCCAAAUCCAAAACAGAACGCAAGUGCAAUUACCUUGCGAAGUGGGAAGGAGUUGGAGUCUGCCAGCCAGAAGAGGCUUGCCCAAGGUAGUACAGCAGACCAGAAGAUAGAAGCAGAAAUAGAGAUUCCAGAAGAGAAACAACUCCAGGAAUCUGAGGAAGAACAAACUCCGAUGCAGGUAAUUCGUCCACCUUUUCCGGAAAGACUUGCACAAACAAAGAGGGAAAAGGAAGAGAAAGAGAUCUUAGAGAUCUUUCGCAAGGUCCAGGUAAACAUACCCCUUAUUGAGACCAUAAAACAAAUACCCAGGUACGCGAAAUUUCUAAAAGACCUUUGCACUAAUAAAAGAAAAUUGUAUGGGCACGAAAAGAUUAAAGUAUGGGAGAAUGUGUCAGCUGUACUCCAAAGAAAAAUUGCACCAAAAUGUAAAGACAAAGGCAUGUUUGCUAUAUCAUGUAAAGUAGGAAACCUUGAAGUAAAAAAGGCAAUGUGUGACUUAGGAGCUUCCAUAAAUGUCAUGCCUCUAUCAGUUUAUUUGUCUUUGGAUGCAGGCCCAUUAAAACAAACAGGAAUCACACUUCAACUUGCCGAUAGAUCAAUAGUCUAUCCUAAGGGCGUAUUGGAAGAUGUUUUGGUCCAAGUGGGAAAAUUAAUCUUCCCAGCCGACUUCUUCGUCCUAGACAUGGAGGACGAUAAUUCAUCCAACUCUACAGAUUUGUUGCUAGGAAGACCAUUCCUUAGUACAGCCAGAACGAAGAUUGAUGUGCAUGAAGGCACGCUCACAAUGGAGUUUGAUGGAGAAGAGGUAAAGUUUAAUGUCUAUGAUGCAAUGAAGUAUCCUGAUGAAAACUUUUCUGUUUGUAGCAUAGAUGUAGUCGAACCUCUCGCUCAAGAAGCAUUUGAACUAAGCAAGGAAGACAAGUUGGAGGUAGUUCUAAUCGAAAACUUGACAUUAGAUUACCUUAACGAGUGCACAACCCAGUUUGAUGAAGAGAUCAUAGAGACCAUCCACUCAUUGGAUACAUCAGACCAGAAGGUAAGUACCUCUAAUUUACUUUCAAUACCCAACUCUCACCACAAACUUCUCCCUUCAAUUCUUCAGGCACCGGAGAUUGAGCUAAAGGCUCUUCCCACACACUUGAAGUAUGUCUUGCAUUAG